AUGCCUGGAUUUAAUACAUCAACAAGAAAAGAAGAUCUCUCUUUAAAACUACGAGCACAAAACUUGAAGAAUGCUCGUGAUCAAACAAAGCGAUUGGAGGAAGACAACCGUAAAAUGGAAGAAAGAUUAAAAGAACUAAAGACAGCAAUGAAGAGGGAGAAGGAACUCAGAGAACAACAGGGAGCUGGUUUCUGGGGCCGAGGUCAACUCAAUACUGGCUCGUUGACCAACUAUGCUUCAGAAGUACUUCAGAAUAAGGUUAUGGCAUCUCUUACAGAGGGAAAGAUUAAGAAAGUCAAAAUAUUGCGAGAUGAACCAAUAGGUAAGCCAAAAAGAAUUGGCCCACCUGGUACAAUGAAAUACAUUGCUCAAAGAAACCUGACUACUAGUGCCAACCCUAGAGACAAGCAGAAAGGGCCCAAAUGUGGUCAGUGCGAGGAUAGAACUGCUACCUUGAGCUGCAUCCAGUGUUCAGAGAUUUAUUGCCCAGGAUGUUUCGCUGCAUUCCAUCUGAAAGGUGCUCUGAAACAACAUAGAAGUAUCCCCUUAAGCGCUGCAGGACCUAGAGUUUGUAUGUCUCCAAGUACUUCAGCAGAUGUCCUUAGUCCAAGAUGUGGGCAGGCAGCCAGUGGUUUGGUCCCUACUCAGCCUUAUAGCGACUAUGAAAUGAAUGGUUGUGAGGCUGCAGGAGCAUCAUCUUCUCAGCCAUCUCCCCACACUGCGGCCCCCACACUUCUACAGGGGGAAUAUGAUGAGUCACAAAGUGCAGCCUCUUUCCAGGCCGCCCUGAUGGCAUGGAGGCAAGGGGAUCAACCUGUGACAUGCCGCUCAGCUAGGCUAGACCAAGAGAAACUAAAUUCCUCUCCACCUGUGGCUGUAGAUGAAUCAAUUGGAACAUCUGUAGAAAUCACCAUCCCAGACAUCAAAUUCAAGUCAUCUCUAUCCUACGCAGAAAAGCUCAUGUUGAAAAAAUAUGACGAUGGCCAUGUGGAUUUCCAGUCACUGUUUGAAGUAGUUGCACAGGCAAGAUCACCUGACAGGAAUGCUGCUAGACCUGGUCCAUCUGUGUCUGAAGUUUCCAUCAUGGAACUGUUCUCACAAGGGGAACCUGCCAUAUCAGAAGUGUCAAAUCACAGACCACAUUACAUAGUCAAAGAAGUUUCCCCUUUAGAGUCAUGGAAGACAGAACAGCUACAACAAAGGUCCUCAUUGCUGCCCACAUCAGCUUCAUCUCAUGUCCAGAGCUCUACGAACUGUCUGAUCAUUUCUGAGCUGCCCAAUGAUGAGAAGUCAACAUCACGAAAAGUAAACCGUGAUUCAACAGGGUAUCAGUUUGAAGAGGAGAACUGUGAUGCAACAGGAUAUCGGUUUGAGGAUGAAGUUACUGACAUUGGGGAUGUGCAAGAUGCAUCAACAGAAGAGCAGAAGAUCUCAAAACCACCUCCGAGGCCAAUGUCAGCUAAAUUACAAACCAGAAGAACUGUGAACGAUUUGUCCAAAGCCAGUCGUGCUUCCUCGAGGGCAGCAUCAAGAGCAGGGAUGGAAGGUUGUUUGACAAAAGUACCCAGUGAAGCACUGAAGUCGGUGGUCCAGAUGAAAUUACCAGAACACUCAUGCCUGUCACAGGAUCCGUUAGAGAGCUUCUUCUUGGUGGGAGUCAAAGAACAGCAACCAGAACAAGUAGCAGACAGAGUUAUUACCCCUUUCAGAGAAAGAAAGAACACUCCCACAGCGAAGAGUAGAUUAGGGGAAGCUAAAAGUGCCAGACAAGAAAAUGAAGCAGUUAAAAUCAGCAACAAAUUGUACCAGAUGGCACCACGAUCUUGGCAUCCUGAAACCAGCCUCAGUUCUGCAGUGCCUCUGAAUGAAGUCACACUUGACAGACAGCAAGGAGAAACAACACUGUCAUUUUCCUAUAGUAAACAGAUCAGUGGUCAGGGAGGUCUUGAUUGGCACUCAUCGUCUAGUCAUACUGAAAAGGACACACCAGAUGAGGAUCAUGCUCAGGAAUUGGGCCUUUUGUUUGGGGAUGAACUGUUUAUAGCAGAAGCAACAGCAGCAGCAAGUUCAGUCUCACAAAGAGCACCAGCUGAGCCAUUUUCACAGCAUAGACAGGGAUAUAUUUAUUUAGGGCCCUCUAGAGAUGCUAGUGAAGAUCACCCACCGCAGAUCACCAAGGUUUAUGGUGGUCGUAGAUUUCAUAACAUUACCACACCACUUGGCAGAAGUGAUAUACUUAAGGAGCUAAAAAUAUCACCAGUGCCGCCAAAUUCUACAUCAGCAAAUCGAUUGGACCCUGAGAUCAGCAUGUCCACUCGGGGACAAUCAAAACAUCAUCAUCAUGUUCCUGAAGGUGAACAGAGACGUUUUGAAAACUUGGAACAGAAUUUGAAUAAAUCAAAAACAUUAAAAGAUAAAGAACAAUUAUUUAGAAAUAGUACUGACUUCUCUGAAACUGCACAUUCCUUGAAUAAAUCAUCAUCAUUAAAAUCAUCAAAGUCACAUUUUUCAAGAGUCAAGCCAAAUAAGUCACCAGUGAAAACAAACACAAUUGUUGGCCAGGGAAAUGAAGUCAAAACUACACCAAGAUCUAGGACCCAAACUUCGUUAGAAAAACAGGAAGUGAGUGAUUUCAGAAGAAACUUUAAUAAAAUGUUGAGGGAUGAGAAGGUGGACUCAAAACCAGACAGACGUCCUAACAGUUCAGUUACCCUGUCUACACAGGUUGAGAGUGGCCGAACUAAGAAAUCUACCAGGACACAGAGACCAAACAGUUCCUCAGGUGGUACAGAACCUCGAGGAAUGCAGCAACUUUCUCCAAAAUCUGGCAGAGAUACUGUUGUUUCUGAUAUGCUGAAGUCCAGGGUCCAGGAGGAUGGUUGGAUCAACUGCGAAAGUGAAUUCAGUUAUGAUUAUGAUGAUGGGGAUCAUCUGACGGCCAGAUGUUUGUUGGUGCAAAACACAGAAAUUCCUAUUUCAAAUGUGAAGAAAAGUGAAGUCUGGGAGACAGAUGUUCGGCCUUUUAGUAGCACAAGCAUAAGCUCAAAAUCCGGCUGCUUACAUACUGAAGUGACACCUGCUAAAGGAGAUGGCAAGAUGCCUGCUAAAGGAGAUGGCAAGACACCUGCUAAAGGAGAUGGCAAGACAGCCUCUAGAUUACCUAGCCAUCGCACAGCCUCAGCUGUGAGUCAGAGGAGUGGAAGAACAUCCAGAGCAGUUGUGAUAGAUGGAGAUGACUUGAGUUGCUAUGACAGUUUGGAUGUUUCUGCUGAACAAAAUAUGGAAGACAGUCAGGCACUGGAGCAGCUGGAGUGGGAGCUGGCAUCAAACACCAAUCGACUGACAGCUGAUGGAAAAAUAUCUCGAAUGAGGAUCCAUGAUAGCGAUGAUUUAGAGAGUUCUACAGCAGCGAAGCUGUCCGCAUUUAGCUUAGAGAAAGAUUACAAUGUUGCCUCAAAGCUUCUAGAGGAUGAAAAGCAAGCUGCUAGAAAUGGUGAAAGCCUGGAACUAAAGAGAAACAUUACCGUGUGUGAGAUAGAUGAGGUCAAGGCUUUAAGAUGA